AUGCCUGCCACCGUGAAGCGAUUCUCUGCCGUCGCCGAUCCCCAUGAGAUCCAUCAAUACCUCAAAGCCGACGGCGUCGUGGUCAUCGAAGGAGCCGCGACACAGCAGACCAUCGACUCGGUGAUUGAGGAGGUUGGCACAGUCUCAGAGGGCCAAACCUUCGCCCUUGCUGGCAAGAGCACGACCUUUGCCACAAGCCUCCUGAUGAACCCUCUGUAUAUCGACCUCACGAAGCGAAUCCUCACCGAUACCUGCAUCAUUUACUAUGAACAAGAAAGAACAGUAUCGACCUCUGAGCCUCAAGUCUCCCAGACCUCCAUCCUCACCGCGCAGCCUGGGUCCGCCGCCUGGGGUCUUCGUCGACAGGACGAGUGCCACCACAUCACCCACCCUGCCAAGCGCGAAGCAGAUUUUGGGAUCGCCUACGCGGGAACGGACAUCACAGCCGAGACCGGAGCCAUCAGGGUGGUGAUUGGCUCUAAUCACUGGACGGAUCUGCGUGAUCCGACUAAAAAGGAGGAAUAUCUCGUUGAGCUUCGUAAAGGUUCCACCUACUUCGGCCAGACCGUCAACACUAGCACCACCCAGACGAGUAUUCUCCUCACCGCGAUUGCCACGGCUGGCUUCCGUCGUCAGGAAGAGAACCAAUACCUUGCGGUUCCGUGGGAAGUGGUCGAGAAAUACCCAACCGAGGUUCAGCGGUUCCUUGGGUACUCUGUGAGCCGUCCGUAUGGAGGAUCUGUCGAACAUAUGGAGCCGUUGGACUUCUUGAAGGUGAAAGGCGAUUGGUCCAAGUACAUUCCUGUUGAUCUCAUCUAG